AUGACGACAACAGACCUGAAGGGUGCCACGGUCGACUGCCCCAGCCAAAGAUCACUUCAUGACAGCAUGGACGAAGCGGGAUCUCCGGGAGGCACCAUUAUAGAACAAGCCUCCAUCAAUACCCUCUCUCCCGGGGCACUUUCUGUAGCCGUUGCCUCUGCCAGCGGAGUCGACUUGCCAGCGACGGAAACCGCGACGAACACUCUCCCACAACCCAUCCAUUCAGAAGACGGGGCCAGGAAUGGUCGUGCGCUGAUGGAAUCGCAAGACGAUCUCGCUUCAAGGAAACGAAAGGCAUCUGGCAUUGUCGCGGACGAGAGUCAGAAGCGAGGACGUCGAUUGUUUGGUCUCUUGCAGGAUACCCUGAAGCAAGCUGGCACGAGCAAGACAUCCGAAGCGGUCAGGAAGCGACAACAACUUGAGGACAAGCUUUACAGAAAGUUGCAUGACGAAAGGAAGCAUAUGAUGGACCAACGAGAUCGAUCGAAAGAGGCGAGAGACCUGGUACUCGCGAUUUCGCUGAAGGAGGAGGAGCUGGCCAGGUGGGAGGCAACGGUCAGUCCUUUCCGUUUGACAACGCUCUUUGUGCCGGAUGGUCCCUGGUGGUGACGGUCCUCACGUCGAGUCUCGAAUUUUCCAGAUGCAAACCCAACACGAAAUCGAGCUCGACCUAGCCGAGUUUUUAUACGCCGCGCCCUCGAAGUCCAAUCGGCCAGGACCUUCCGAUAUGGUGUCUUCCCCCAAUACGGCCCAGCUUCUUUCAUCACAGCAUAUAGUAUCUCAAGAUAGACAACGACCCAUCUUCUACCUGCCAUUCCGCCUCCUGAAGUCUCAAGAGAACGAGCUGGACGAUCAAGUCACGGAUGUCGAGCGCCGCAUCAAGAAAGCAGAGUCAGAAUGGCUCGCACACAGCCGCGUGGAAAAGGGCAACAUCGACGAGAUGAAGAAAAAGGCGUUAAGGCUACAAGAGAACGUUGAAGAGGCCAAAGACCAAGCUGAACAAACCUCUCAAGAUCAAAUCUCGGCUGGACAGGGGCUCAUCGGCAGUGGCGACAACGAGGUGCAAGUCAAUGCCGUCAAGAGGGACCGGUCGCCGGUAGUUGACGCGCUACGGCCCAGGGUUGGGUCGGUGGAGCGCGGCGAGGAAGAAGUCGAGUACUAG